AUGGCCCCUGAGCCUAUUGUUGCCCCUGAUCCCGCGCUAGAGCAUGACCCUGUUCAUGACGAUGCAUCGGCCAUUGCACCUCUUGUCGAUGAUAUACCCGUUGCGGACCUACCCGUUGUUGCUCCACCAGUGGUGGAUGAUCCUGUUGUCGAUACACUUAUACCCGAUCCCGUGCCGGCUUUGAUUGACCGUGCACCAUUCGCUGCUCAUAUAGAUCCACGAUAUGCCGACACCCACAACGGGUGGAUCGAUGACGAUGACGAUUACCCACCAUUUGUGCGACCUGUCACUCCCCUAGUAGCACCCGUGUCUGCACCCACUGAUAUCCCGUUGUUUCCCCUACACACCACAGACACUCACCGCACUGAUCUUCCUAUUAUGUUCCUUCAGGACAUACCGCCCCCGCGUCCUGGAGAGGGGUCAUCUAGGCAGCUGCCUGUUUCUGCUCCACCCAUGAUGUCAUCACCUUUUCCACUCACAUCACAGUUUCCCCAUAUUGCACCACCUAUUGCACCAUCUUUCACUCCAUCGAGCGAGCCAUUUUUAUGGACUACGCCCUCUAUCAUGCCGUUGUCUGAUCCGUACCACCCAUACCAUGUUGGGUAUUCUAUGGAGGACAUACUUACAUCUUUGAUGAUACAGCAGGAGGCAUUGACACGUCGUAUACAGGAGUUGGAGAGAGCUCCACGACCACCUUGCAAUUGUCAGACCCCAUUUGCAGCACCGCACGCUCCUCGUCCACUUUCACCUGAUUCAGACGUCUGUUUCUUGACCUCUGAGCAGUAG